AUGGUUGAUUACAGUAAAUGGAAAAACAUUGAGAUUUCAGACGACGAGGAUGACACUCACCCGAACAUCGACACGCCUUCGCUGUUCCGAUGGCGGCACCAGGCGCGUGUGGAGCGCAUGGCUGAGAUGGACAAGGAAAAGGAGGAGUUCAAGAAAAAACGUCAAAGUUUCCAGGCUCGGCUAAUGGAUGUCAAGGAGCGCAUUUCCAAGAAAGAUGGAGACGAGAAGGCCCUAAAGAAAGAGCUAGAAAAGAUAGAGAAUGAAGGCAAGGAAUUGGACCGAGCUGAAAACGAAAUGCUUAAAAAGGAAAAGAAAACUCCCUGGAACGUGGACACCAUUAGCAAGCCGGGUUUUGAGAAGACCGUGAUCAACAAGAAGGCCGGCCGCAAGCCGGACGAGAAUCUGUCGGAAGAGGAACGUGAGCAGCGGAUGAAACAGUUCGUCAAGGAUAACGAGAAGCUCUGCAAGCAGUACGGAAUGCUGCGAAAGUAUGAUGACUCGAAGCGUUUCCUGCAGGAUCACUUGGAGUUAGUUGGCGAGGAGACUGCCAACUACUUGGUGAUUUGGUCCAUCAACCUCGAGAUGGAGGAGAAGCACGAGUUGAUGGCCCAUGUGGCUCACCAGUGCAUUUGCAUGCAGUACAUCCUGGAGCUUGCCAAGCAGUUGGACGUGGAUCCCAGAGCUUGUGUGAGCUCCUUUUUCUCCAAAAUCCAACAUUGCCUUCCGGAAUACCGAGCGCAGUUCGAGAGCGAGAUCGAAGGUUUCAAAGCGCGUAUCCAAAAACGUGCUCAGGAAAAGAUCGCCGAAGCUGUGGCUCAGGCGGAGGAAGAGGAGCGCAAGGAAAGGAUGGGACCCGGAGGUCUGGAUCCAGCAGAUGUCUUCGAGUCCCUGCCAGAUGAACUGAAGGCCUGUUUCGAAUCGCGAGAUGUGGAACUUCUGCAAAAGACGAUCGCUGCUAUGCCCGUGGACGUAGCCAAGUAUCAUAUGAAGCGGUGCGUAGAUUCCGGACUUUGGGUGCCCAACGCUGGUGACUUAGCAGAGGACAAGGAUGAUGAUGAACCGGAGGCGGCCGCUGCCGGCGAGGAGAAGGAAAAGACCGACGACGCCAAGUCUGAGAAAACCAAGGAGGAGCCAAUCUACACUGGUGUCAGCACCGACGACGUUGACUGAUCGCCGCCAUCCGUUCCAUUGCCACACCAUAGGUCUAAUCGUAAUGUAAUGUCCACACACAUAUUUCAUCCACACCAUAGACACCCGCGUCAGUUGAGUUUUUGUAUAUAAUUUGUCAGCUAAAUAAAGUCAGCUAAAUUCUCAGUAA